UUGGCUGCGCACUGUCCACCCAUCCUUGUGAUUUUGUAGAAAAAGAAAAGCCUGAAGUGAGUCUGCUGCUGAGUGUCAGACAGUGAAGGGAGUAGGAUAACUGUGUGCCCUCUGUACCUGCUUAACAUGUAUAAAGUUGUAUCCUGUAAAAGUGGCCGCGGUGCAGGUCUCAUGAGACAGUCCUGCUGUUCAUCUGGUUUGGCAGAAUUUCACCUAGGAAGUGUAUGUCACAAAUCAGCCUUUAAAUACCGCCCCGCAGACCUCCCAGAGAUGCCUUCAUGCAAUUUCAAACCAGAGGAAUACAAGGGUAUGUCCAAAGAGCGGAUGAUGGAGAUCCGCAGACAGUAUUGCAACCCCAUGAUCAUGAAGGUUACCUACUAUAAGAAACCAGUGUUCAUCCACCAGGGAUACAUGCAAUGGCUGUGGGAUGUGGAUGGGAGGCGAUAUCUGGAUCUAUUUGCAGGUGUGGCUACUGUCAGCGUGGGCCACUGCCACCCGAAGGUGAUAGCAGCCGCAGAGAGGCAGUUGAAGAGAUUGUGGCAUACUACUAACAUCUACGUCUAUCCUCCUCUCCAUGAGUAUUGUGAGAAACUAGCUUCCUACUUACCGGAUCCUCUUAAGGUUGUAUAUCUGACCAACAGCGGCUCAGAAGCCAAUGACCUUGCUAUGUUGAUGGCUCGACUUCACACAGGAAACUUUGACAUCAUCACUUUCAGAGGGUCAUACCACGGUGGCAGCCAACAGACCAUGGGUCUUACCUCCAACUCAUCAUACAAAUACCCCGUCGCCACUAGUUCAGGCUGCACAAAUACCAUGUGUCCUGAUGUGUUCAGAGGUCCGUGGGGAGGAAGCCACUGCAGGGACUCUCCUGUGCAGACCAUCAGAGAAUGUAGCUGUGCCCAAGGUCAUUGCAUGGCAAAUGAACUAUACAUUGGACAGCUCAAAGAGACAUUUGCUACAAGUGUCCCAAGUCAAAUAGCUGCUUUCUUUGGAGAGCCGAUUCAGGGAAUGGGAGGAGCUGUGCAAUACCCUAAAAACUACCUCAAGGAGGCUUACAAACUUGUGAGAGAGAGAGGAGGGGUCUGCAUUGCUGAUGAGGUCCAGACUGGAUUUGGGCGAACAGGAAGCCACUUCUGGGGUUUCCAAGGUCAUGAUGUCAUUCCUGAUAUGGUUACAAUGGCGAAGGGCAUUGGUAAUGGAUUCCCAAUGGGAGCUGUUGUUACUACCCCAGAAAUUGCAGCUUCAUUUGCCAAGGCCUUCCACUUCAACACCUUUGGAGGAAGUCCUAUGGCUAGUGCCGUAGCUUCAUCAGUGCUUGAUACUAUCAAAGAAGACGGCACACAACAGAACAGUCUUAAUGUGGGCACCUAUCUGAUGACAGAACUGGCAAAACUCAGAGACAAGUAUGAGAUUAUUGGUGAUGUCCGUGGAAAAGGCCUGCAGAUCGGCGUGGAAAUGGUCAAAGACAAGGCCAGCAAAGACCCACUGUCUCCUGAGGCAAUGAGGGAGAUCUUUGAGGACAUAAAAGACAUGGGAGUCCUGAUAGGGAAAGGAGGAGUAUACGGACAGACCUUUCGCAUCCAACCCCCCAUGUGCAUCACCAAGGAGGACGUAAAUUUCUUCCUGGCAGUUUUUAACACGGCCGUCCACAGCUACAUGGACAGAAAAUGAACCUGGAAACCUGGAAAUCCAAUCAGCAGCAGACUGCAUUUUUAUAACUUAAAAUGUUAAACAUGUAAUUGUUAAUCAUUUUGCAGACUGCAAAAUUCAUUGUAAAAGGGAACUUCAACACUUAACUAUGAUCUGCAUGUUAUAAUUAUAAAAACACCUACACUGCAGUCAGUUUCUUUUACAGUGAGGACUCAUAAUUAUUCAAUACACUGAGCAAACAUCACUACUUAUGUAUUAUGCUGUGUAGUUCUACUGAAUCAAUAUUGUCAUGAUUGUUUUGCAGUCAGUCUGCAGUUGAACACUCUGUUGCUGACUAUAUAUACCUGCAUGCAAUAAUGAUCUCAUAUUUGAUGAAACAGCUAUUUGUGCUUUUACAUAUUUUGUUUUUCUGCCUCACCAAUAAAACAGCAUAUUAAAAAAAGGAA